AUGGCAACUCCAACGCCUAUGAAGCAUGCGCCUUCGCAGCAAGGUCGCACACCCUCACAACUCGCGGCUGCGACUCCCCCAGUCUCUACACCCUUUUCGAACCCUGCGCGAGCAGCUUUUUCUCCUCGCGGCCCAGGAUCCUCGCCACAACAAGUCAAGAAGUCUCCGGCUACCUCAACAUUAAUGGGCCAAACUGGAAUGGGGGCCUUCAACUUCGAUAGUCCCUCCACGGCUGCUGCAAUGGGCGCACUAGGAAUGGGUGGCGGCUUCGACAUUGGGUUGGAUAACGUUGGCGUUGGUGGAUUGGAUGCCAUUGGCGCUGCGAUUGCCAACGAGGACGACAAGAUGAAGCGGCUCGAUCAAAUUUUGAAACUUCUGAGUGCCAAGAAAGGGCUCGUCAGCGAGGCUAGUCUCGAACGUCUGGCGCAACGGAUUGGUCUCGAAUUGCUAUCCGAAGAGCAACGGACCCCCGGUGGACGAAAAACAAGAACACUGGCCAUUGCUGGAUCAGCCAUUGCGCUCGACAUUGUACUUGAUAAUAAUGUGGUUCAGAGCGUUUCCCUGGCAUACCAUGGAUCCGCACCAUCCGUAUCAAAGCAUAUGGAUGCCGCAGGUCAAAUAUUGCUAAAAGAUUUGAAGCUGCUCCCUGGCCAAAGUCCAUUGACGAAAACCCUGGAAAACUUUGCUUCGAAUUUCGAACGUCUGGCUGGCUUGGAUAAGCUCAGCAUCGUGCCAGGGCUCGACUGCCAUGAAGCCCUAGCUGGCAUUUAUCUCAGCCUCGAGAGGCUGUACCAGUGGGACCUGUCGAAAUUGCAAGAAGAGCAAGAUAUGAAGGGUAAAUCAGACCAGUAUUUGUCCAACAUGGCCAUGUGCUCAAGGCACGGGCGGCCAGUGAUGCAUGACAGGGACAGAGUCGGACUUGCCGUGCAGUAUUGGAAAGAGCUUCGAUUCGUGCCGCCCGUCGCAGAUGAUCUGGGUGCAUACAUCAAAGAAACCGAGAAAGUAUGGUCACUACUUCUCGGAUGCGCUCGGUUGGACGGCAUGGAGGUUCCGCCAGUGCGAGUAUCUGAGAACUGGAUCUCCAAAGAGAUAACCAAGGAAGAUGCAACGAUUGACUCCCCGAAGCCCAUCCUGGACUGGCAAGAGCCCGAAAACAUAUCUCUUCCACAGUCCGAAGAUAACAAGGAUGCCGGAAUGGACCUCCUUCAAGCUGACCUCUCGACAACAAGAGUACCGAGGGUCAUGUUCACCGUCACCUUCGACCCGCCAGUGGUACUACCGCAGAAUGACUGGGCACGUCUGUACAUGUACGCCAACGUCAGUCCUCCCAACAUCACUCACGAGCUCGGACAACGCGGCCAUCCUCCAUCACCGCCCACCUUCGACAGCCUACUCUUCCCGUUUCCCUCAGGCGUGAAAGUCGACCCUAGUGAAUCUCGAGCCAUAGCGCGGGAACGUGACGUCCGUGUUCUCAGCAUGGACAAAACAGCAUCCGUCAAACACCACCACAACACACUCUACAUCUACAAACCAAUUUACUCGCAAACUGUUUCCGAAAUGCCCUUUUCCCACCCCCGCCAGCUCCUAGACAUGCUGCCACUCCUCCGCCAAUACGCCUUCGUAUCGACCCUCCUCGAAAACAGCUUCGGUUCCAAGACCAAGCCCGCAGAGGCGCCUAAACCGCCAGCUAAUCAAGAACAGUCCUCCAAGACCAAGACCAAAAAGGAUCGCCUCGCAGACUUUAUGGACCUCGAUGAACCGGUACAGCCUGUCGACCCCAAUGAGAAUUCUACAAAUCUAGAUGUGAUUCUCUGGGUCCAUCCAGCCCCUCACGUGCAAGUCGUUUUCCCAAUGGGCAAGUCUACAGCGAAUAUCUCUCUCAAGAUCCUGGAAGGUGGGACCGUCGAGAUUGUGGAUGAGAAUAUUCUGGACUACGCGGAGGACGGAGAGAUCAAGGGCAGGAGGAAAGAGUUUACGAGGGAACAGAUGGGUAAGGUGUUGGAGCAUAUGGAGGACUUGUGCUUGUGGUCAGAGUGGAUACGAACGAGGUUGGCGUAG